AUGCUUGUUCAACAAGAAAAUGUCAUCCGACCUACUGCUAAUUUUCCUCUCAGUGUUUGGGGAGAUCAAUUUCUCGCCUAUGAAGAGGAAGAUCAAGAUGGAGUAGAUAAGGCGAUUGAUGACUUGAUAAAAGAAGUGAGAAAAGAAAUAUUGGAAACUUUAAAUAAUCCCACGGAACAUUUAAAUUGCUUAAAACUGGUUGAUGCAAUUCAACGCCUUGGCAUUGCAUAUUAUUUUGAAGUGGAGAUUAAUCAAGCCUUGCAACACAUCUAUGAUUCAUAUGGUGACAACUGGAUUGGUGCAGGGACUUCCCUUUGGUUUCGACUCAUGCGACAACAAGGCUUCUUCGUCUCAAGCGAUAUUUUCAAUAUAUAUAAGGAUGACAAGGGAGAAGCUUUCAAUGAGUGCUUAAAAAAUGACAUUCAAGGAUUAUUCGAGUUAUAUGAGGCUACGUAUAUGAGUAUUCCGGGCGAGGUCAUAUUAGAUGAUGCUCUUGAUUUCACAAGAAAUCGUCUUUAUGAGAUAGCAAAGGAUCUUCUUUGCAGCAACUCUACCGUUUCUGCAGAGAUAUAUGAGGCACUAAAACAACCUUUACAUAAAAGGUUGCCAAGACUUGAGGCUUUGCGCUACAUACCUUUUUACCAAAAACAAACUUGUCAUAAUGAUUCUUUACUAAAACUUUCCAAGUUAGCGUUCAACGCACUCCAAUCUCUGCAUAAGAAAGAGCUUAGCGAAAUAACCAGGUGGUGGAAAGUCUUCGAUGUCCCAAACAAUCUACCUUAUGCAAGAAAUAGAUUGGUUGAAUGCUACUUUUGGGCUUUAGGAGUGUACUAUGAGCCUAAAUAUUCUCAAUCUAGAAUGUUCUUAGCUAGAGUUCUUGCAAUGGCAACACUUUUUGAUGACACUUAUGAUGCUUACGGUACUUAUGAAGAACUUCUGGUUUUAACCGAAGCAAUCCAAAUGUGGCCAAGUACAUGUUUGGAUGAGCUUCCAGAAAACAUGAAACUUAUAUACCGAAUGCUAAUGAAUCUUUAUGAAGAAAUGGAGGAAAUCUUGGCAAAGAUGGGAAAAAGACAUCACCUUAACUAUGUUCAAGAGGCGAUGCAAGAACACAUUAGAAGCUACAUGACUGAAGCAAAAUGGACACAUGAAGGGUACAUACCAACAGUUGAGGAACAUAUGGAACUUACGUAUAUUAGCAGCGGAUAUAAAUAUGCUCUAGUAGCAAGUUUUGCUGCCAUGGGUGAUGCGAUAACUGACAAUACAUUCAAAUGGGUCCUCACUAAUCCUCCUCUUGUUAAAGCUUGUUGUGUGCUUUGUAGGAUCAUGGAUGAUAUUGUCACCCACAAGGAAGAGCAAGAAAGAAACCAUGUGGCUUCUGGAAUUGAAUGUUACAUGAAGCAAUUUGAUGUCACUGAACAACAUGUGUAUAGUGUGUUCAAUGAGAGAGUUGAAUAUGCAUGGAAAGAAAUGAAUAAAGAGUCUCUCAUUUGUAAAGAUGUUAAAAUGCCUGUAGUUAUGCGGGUAAUCAAUUUAGCACGUGCGAUGGAUGUUCUAUAUAAAAACAAAGACCAUUUUACACAUGUUGGAGAAGAACUCAUAAGUCAUAUAAAAUCUCUUGUUGUUGACGCUAUCAUCACAUGAGUUUCAAUUCGUCAGGAUCUAUUAUAUACCAUGUAUUUGGAAGAUGAAUCAUUGUCUCUAGUAUAUGACUUAUUAUAGAAAUAUAGAAUAAGAUGUCA